GCUCGCGGGCCGCGUGCGGAGCCGCGCGCCCCGGAGGCUCCGCGACCGUGGCGGCGGGCGGCGGCGGCGGAGCAGCCCUCCGCGGGCCAUGUCUUCUCCGGACGUGGCGAGGAGCUCCCCAGGAGGGAGCCGGGAGAUGGCCCCCACGCCGCGGAGCCGGGGCCGGUUCUGGGAAGUGGGCGGCGGCAGCGGCGACCGGCUGGAGCGCGCGGCGGCGGAGUCGGAGCGCUGGGAGCUGCUGCUUCACCGCGGCGAGCUGCUGGCACUGGGCGGCCACCUGAAGGGAGCGCUGGAGGCGUACGCGGCGGCGCUGCGCCGCGGGGCCCCGGUCAGGCCCGAGUGCCUCGGCACCCUGGUGGACUGCCUGGUGCUCAACUACCGGCUCCGCCACGGGCUGGGCUGGAGCGCGACCCUGGCAGCGGGCGCGGACCCCGGUGCGGGCGGGCUGCUCAGCUGCCUGGGCUGCCGGGGCUUCCUGAGCGAGCCGGUGACCGUGCCCUGUGGCCACAGCUACUGCCGUCGCUGCCUGCGGAGAGAGCUCCGUGCCCGCUGCCGCCUCUGCCGGGACCGGCUGCCGCCCGCCGCCGCCACUGAUGCUGAGGGCACCACUCCGCGGCCGCCGCCUCUGGCCGCCGCCAUCGCCGCCUCGGGCUUCAGAACCAGCGUCGUCCUCAACCACCUGGCCGAGAAGUGGUUCCCGGGCCAGCGGGAGCGAGCCCGCGCGGCCGGCCGGCUCGGGGAACUGCUGCACCAGGGGCGCUACCGGGAGGCCCUGGCCGCCGCCUGCGAGGCGCUGCGAGCAGAGCCCAGUGAUGUGACUCUAAAAAUUUACCGAGCGGAAUCAUAUGCUGGUCUCCAGGAGUUUAAAGCAGCCAUAGAAGAUUUAAAUGCAGUUCUCUUUCAACUGCCAAAUUGGCCGGAGGUCUACUUCAGGAAAGGAAAAGUACUCCAGGAUGCUGGUUUUUUAGGUGAUGCCUUACAGCUGUUUCUUCAGUGCUUAGCCCUUGAUGAGGAUUUUGCGCCUGCAAAGCUAGAAGUAGAAAAGAUUUUAUGUGAUUUAUUAUCACCUGAGAACUUAAAAGAAGGCCUGAAGGACUCUUCCUGGAGCUCUUUGCCAUGUAGUAAAAACAAACAUUUUGGUUUUCCUUCAGUAACGGAAGAGUCUCACUCUGCCAGUGAGCUUAGUCCAGAGCAGAACGAAGAGGUACCAGAGGUCACGUCAGAGCUUAUCAGAGGAAGCCUAAACCGUGCUUGGUCAGCACAGGCUAUACAUUCAACAGAAAUGCCUGCCAGAGAGGACUGUUUAAAAAGAGUGUCCUCAGAACCUUUGCUCUCUGUUCAAGAAAAAGGUGCUCUGCUGAAAAGAAAAUUGUCUCUUUUAGACCAGGAUGUGAUUGUAGAUGAAGAUGGAAGAAAUAAGCUUAAAAAACAAGGAGAAACUCGCAAUGAAGUCUGUACAUUUUCAUUAACUUCUGGUCACAUCCCAGAAGAAUUAAUUGAUGUCUCAGAUUUUGAGUGUUCUCUCUGCAUGAGGUUGUUUUUUGAGCCAGUAACAACCCCUUGUGGACACUCAUUCUGUAAGAAUUGCCUUGAGCGUUGUUUAGAUCAUACACCGUACUGUCCUCUUUGCAAAGAAAGCUUAAAAGAGUAUCUAGCAGAUAGGAGGUACUGUGUCACACAGCUGUUGGAAGAAUUGAUAGUGAAGUAUCUGCCUGAUGAGCUGUCUGAGAGAAAAAAAAUAUAUGAUGAAGAAACUGCUGAGCUCUCACACUUGACCAAGAAUGUUCCAAUAUUUGUUUGCACUAUGGCCUACCCCACUGUGCCUUGCCCUCUUCAUGUAUUUGAGCCAAGAUACAGAUUGAUGAUACGAAGAAGUAUACAGACGGGAACCAAACAGUUUGGGAUGUGUGUUACUGAUACACAAAAUAGUUUUGCAGAUUAUGGUUGUAUGUUACAAAUUAGGAAUGUACAUUUCUUACCUGAUGGAAGGUCUGUGGUUGAUACAGUUGGAGGAAAGCGGUUUAGGGUUUUAAAAAGAGGAAUGAAAGAUGGAUAUUGCACUGCAGACAUUGAAUAUCUGGAAGAUGUUAAGGUUGAGAAUGAAGAGGACAUCAAGAAUCUCAGACAGCUUCAUGAUUUGGUAUACUCACAAGCCUGCAGCUGGUUUCAGAAUUUAAGAGACAGAUUUCGAAGCCAAAUUCUUCAGCACUUUGGCUCAAUGCCUGGGAGGGAGGAAAACCUUCAGGCAACCCCUAAUGGACCCGCAUGGUGUUGGUGGCUUCUUGCAGUUCUUCCUGUAGAUCCCCGAUACCAGCUGUCCGUUUUGUCAAUGAAGUCUUUGAAAGAACGGUUGACAAAGAUACAGCACAUACUGACCUAUUUUUCUAGAGACCAAUCUAAGUAACUAACUGCUUGGAUCUUCCUUUAAAGUUACCCUAAUCUGGCUGUGUUGACGGCCAGAUUGUCUGCUGCCUUUUGCACAUCCAGUGCUGGUUUGAGAAAUGUAAUGAAACCUUUCCCCCCCCCUCCCCUUCAACCUCCUGAAUCAUGUGGUUCUUCAACUAGGACUUAGACCACUAAGAACUUGCACAGAAAAACACACACUGAAUGUGUGUCAAACCUCUACAUUGUGAUAAAGUUGCACUAUGUACCAUAUUCUAAAACAAAAUGAGAACUGUGUGUAUGUGGGGUGUGUGUGUGCGCGCGCGUGUGUGCAUUUUCUCUGGCUUUAAAAUUUUAAAAGAAAAAAAAAGCCAUAGAGAGCAGGCCUUGCUGAGGGUUGGUUAUUGCCCAAGUUUACAACAGUAGCGACACAAGUUUUUGCAAGUUGAAUUCGCCUCAGAUAUAUCUGUCCUAAUGCUUCUGUUUGCACAAGUAUGUAAACUAUGGUAUUGAGUAUCUCUCUUGGUUGGAAAUACUGCUCUUGCUGAACUGUCUUGACCAUUGACUAUGACACAGUUUCUUAUUUAUGUAAAUACUUGCGUCCUAAAGGCCAACAGGCUUUGGAUGCGGAACCUAGAGCCAGUUUUCAGGAACAAUUGCAAACCUGCCAUGGUACUGUGCAUCUAUUCAUAAAACACUUAAAACUGUGAAAAUAUGGUUUACAUUUAAUUGUACAUAAAGGUAAAUGGAGAACUCAAUUCAGUACCAGUUAGUUUGUACAUUUUAGGGGGCUUUUCACAUUAACUGCCCAUCUAUAUAAUUUAUAGUUUGACAUGAUGUGUUUGUUUAAAAGAAUUACAUAGGCUAAACCCAUUAAGGAUCUGGGGGAAGAGAAGAAGCUUAAUGUAGAACUAAGCUUUUAAAGUAUGUUUUAUUUUUUAAUUCUGGUCUUGGUGCAAAUGUUAGCUAUGCCUUAUUCAUAUCACAAUUAGAUCACCAUGCUGUGACAUGGUUUGUAUUCAUGCUGCCCUAGAUACUUUUGUAAUUAUUUGUUGCAAACUUGUGACUGUCCCUGUUAACUUUCUUUUAUGUAAGUACUUUGUAAAAGUUUCUUAAACUUUUGCUUUUGCUUAUUUAAUUUUGAAUAAAAGCUAAAUUCAUAAUAAUUUUUUUCUUAAAAUUUAGGUCAGUGUCAUACUGUUUCGUGACAUGAGAUAUAAGCUUAUAGCUUUCAAAAUACUUUUUUCGGUCAUUUUUGACCAAACCGUGCAGUGUCUUAAGGCGGCUUUAGGCCCUAAAAUAAUCCUUUAAAGUACUGUUUUUCAACAUUUAGAAAAGCCAUGUCCCUUUAGGAUAAAACACAGUUCUUCAUGUUACCCCCCAUUUGAGACUCCUUGAUUAAACAUCAGAUCCCAAUUUCCCAGGUAGGAUUUUUCCAAAUAUAAAUAAGUCAUUGAACAGUGAAUAUUCUUACAAAAAAUAUAUUCAGAAAUGACUGCCUAGUGAACCAUCCUUUGCCCCCACAAUUACACUGAGAAUUUGUGUAAAGAGUGGGCCAUUCCCCAAAAGUACCUUGUCAAUAGUUCUGAAGUUUUAAACUUUCUUAUAAUAAACUAUUAAAUGCCUGUUGAGUAGUGUCCGGGUAGUAAUAUACAUGAAAAGUUUACCUAUAGUUCUCAUAUGUAGGAGAAGGAAGUAGGAUUUACCUGGGCUGAAUCUACAUCUGCAAUACGUGCACGCACACACACACACACACACACACACAAAUGGGCAUGAAAUUAUCUCUAUAUACAUGUACAUACUAACGGGAAUUAAUGAGUUUUAUCAUUUGACUCUAAUUUUGUGAUGAAUGUUCUGUUAUGUCUAUAGAUUUUCUUGGAUCCCUGGACAAUUAUUUUCCUACUAUACCUUAUGAACCAUUUAUCCAGAAAGGAAAACAAAAAUCUGACAGAUUCUUACCAUUAUCACUUUAAGUGACUAAGUUCUGUCACUUUUCAACAUUUCAAGUCAAAGUAGCUAGUUGCUGCUCUGCUCUUAAUACACCUGUCUCUACAUGUCCAUAUCUUCCUGUUCUUCAAGGAACCCGGACGCCUUCACUCAAAUAGAACUCUG